AUGGACAUGGAUAUGAAAGGCACACCCUGGCUAGAUCAGCCAGUGGCCCUGCACUCGUCUCGACUGGAUAAUUGCACUUUAUCCGAGGCCCAGUGUCGAUAUCGCAAUUACUCCUGGCGAUACUGGUAUGAGGCGGAUCAUGUCUAUGCUCUCAAUACCGUCUAUUUCUUAUGUGCCGUCAUAGGCGUGUUCACCAUUGCCAAUCUACUGGUUCAAUUUAGCCCGGAUGCUGUGAAGCGGACCCCACCAUGGCGCAUGUUCACCUCGGUAUCCCGAUACUUCUCAUACCGCGGAUAUAGAUUGCCCUCAUUGCGGUACUGGUCGCCUGCACUGGGAGUGGUGGUCUUGGGAGUGGUGGGCGCUGCCUUCUCCUUUGGUGAGUAUAUCAAGUCAGCAGAUGAGGGCAGAGAACUCAUAGCCGAUAUAGGAAUGGUCCUUGGCCCACAGCCAUAUUACUGGCCUACCGAUGCCUCUUACGGAAGUAGUCCACCCAUCGCCACAAGGUCGGGCUGGAUGGCGCUGGCACUUUUGCCUUUUGUAUUGGCACUGAGCACCAAAGCCAACAUGAUCUCCGGGUUGACGGGGAUUCCCCACGAGAAGCUCCAGGUCUUUCACCACUGGACCAGCUAUGCCAUGUUCGUGCUGGCAUUGAUUCACACAUUCCCCUAUAUUAUCUAUCACAUCUGGAAAGGGGAUAUGAUGCACCAGUGGAAAACAAGUAUUGUGUACUGGACGGGAAUUGCUUCUCUCCUCUCACAGACAUACCUGACGCUGAUGUCGUUGCCUUUCAUCCGUAACCGAUUCUACGAAUUCUUCAAGGCAACACACAUCUUCGUCGCAGUGGUCUUCGUCGUGUUCUUCUUCCUGCACUGCGACUUCCGACUAUCAUCCUGGGACUACUUCAUCGCCUCUGGCGCAAUCUACUUCUGCAGCUUGAUAGCCGGACACGCACGCACAUACUGGAAGCAUGGCAUGCACACUGCCUCUCUAGAACUUCUCUCCUGCGGCCUUGUCCGUGUCGAAGUCCCCUCCAACAUGAAAUGGACACCCGGCCAACACGUCUUCAUCCGAUUCCUAACAUCAGAUCUCCACCUUCUAACCGCCCACCCAUUCACCAUUUCCUCCGCCUGCCACGAAACAUCCAACCUGGUCUUCUAUAUUAAGCCACGGGGCGGCGUAACAGGUCGACUGGGAGCAAUGGCAGCCAAAAACCCCGGAUGCAAAAAGCGCAUCCUGAUGGAAGGGCCAUACGGCGGCGUCAGCGAGUCCCACAUGGCUCAAUUCGACACUAUCCUAGUGAUCGCCGGCGGGUCAGGUGGUGGAUUCUCGCUCGCGAUGGUCGACGAGGCACUCCGGAUCACUGGCAUGACAGGCCCAGAAGAGAAGAAAGAGCGACAGAAUCUCCAAGUUGUCUUUUCUACUCGGGAUCAUUCCAUGGCUGAUUGGUAUAUUAAUGAGAUUGAGACACGUCUUUCUGAAUCAACGACGCUGGCCUCUGAGUCUGGCUUUGAGACUGCUGUUUCGGUCCAUGUGACUGAUCCACGUAGUUCGGGAUUCUCGUCUGGUUCUGAGGAUGAUGUUAAGGGUUCGAAGAUUCCUCAGGAGACGACUACGACGGGGACUUUUAGUCUCAAUGUUCAUCGGAAUGCGAGACCUGAUCUUCCGGGGUUGGUGGCUAGAACGGUUGCCAUGGCUCAUACGCAGGGACAGCAUGUUGGUAAGAAGCAGCGGGUUGGGGUGUUGGUGUGCGGACCUGCCUCGAUGCUGCACGAUACGCGCAAUGCGGCGGCUGUGGCACAGGCUCGAGUGUUUGGGGGUGAGAUUGAGGAGUUGUAUCUGCACUCUGAGGCUUUUGUGUGGUGA